UCCCUUUACUCUGGUAUUUGGUUCAUAUCGUGAACAUCGUUCUUGUGGUUGAAGAAAGCAUAAUUGGUUGUUGAAAAUGUGUGAUGAAGAAGCUGCUGCUUUGGUUGUAGACAAUGGUUCCGGUAUGUGCAAAGCCGGUUUCGCUGGUGAUGAUGCACCGCGAGCCGUUUUUCCAUCAAUUGUGGGCCGGCCAAGGCAUCAAGGUGUGAUGGUCGGUAUGGGACAAAAGGAUUGUUAUGUCGGUGAUGAAGCGCAAAGCAAACGUGGUAUUCUAACACUUAAAUAUCCAAUCGAACAUGGAAUAAUCACCAACUGGGAUGAUAUGGAAAAAGUCUGGCACCACACCUUCUAUAAUGAAUUGCGUGUCGCCCCAGAAGAGCAUCCCAUUCUAUUAACCGAAGCCCCAUUGAAUCCAAAAGCCAAUCGUGAGAAGAUGACUCAAAUUAUGUUUGAAACGUUCAAUUCACCAGCCAUGUAUGUCGCCAUUCAAGCAGUGCUCUCAUUGUACGCUUCAGGUCGUACCACCGGUAUCGUUUUGGAUUCGGGUGAUGGUGUCUCACACACCGUUCCAAUUUAUGAAGGUUAUGCAUUGCCACACGCUAUCCUCCGUUUAGAUUUAGCCGGUCGUGACUUGACUGACUACCUAAUGAAGAUCCUUACCGAACGUGGUUAUUCGUUCACCACAACUGCUGAACGGGAAAUUGUUCGUGAUAUCAAGGAGAAGCUUUGCUAUGUUGCAUUGGACUUUGAACAAGAGAUGGCAACUGCAUCGGCAUCAACUUCACUCGAAAAAUCAUACGAAUUGCCUGAUGGACAAGUCAUCACCAUCGGUAAUGAACGUUUUCGUUGUCCAGAAUCAUUGUUCCAACCAAGCUUCUUGGGCAUGGAAUCAUGCGGCAUUCAUGAGACUGUCUACAAUUCAAUCAUGAAGUGUGACGUUGACAUUCGAAAAGAUUUGUACGCUAACACUGUCCUAUCAGGUGGUACCACCAUGUAUCCAGGCAUUGCUGAUCGUAUGCAAAAGGAAAUAACAGCAUUAGCUCCGUCAACCAUCAAAAUCAAGAUCAUCGCUCCACCGGAACGUAAAUACUCCGUAUGGAUCGGUGGUUCAAUCUUGGCUUCAUUGUCCACUUUCCAACAAAUGUGGAUCUCAAAGUCAGAAUAUGACGAGAGCGGCCCAUCAAUUGUUCACCGUAAAUGCUUCUAAAGCGAAUAAAAUGCGCACGUGUUUUAUAUGUAUUUUUGUUGUUGUGUUAACGGGACCCGAUUUUAUAUUCACGCAAAUAUUGAGUACUCCUUUUUAUACGUUGUUUGCCUGUUGAAAAAAUUUGUGGCAAAUAUGCAACCGAAAAUAAUAAAUAUGUCUGUUUUAUUCAUUCAAA